AUGCAUUUCAAGUCGAUCCUUCUCCUCGUUGCAGCCUCGCUUCAGGUCUCAUCGGCCAAGAACUUCACCUGGACCGGGUCCAAUGAAGCUGGUGCUGAGUUCGGGGACAAAAAGCUCCCCGGACGGCUGGGUUAUGACUAUAUCUGGCCAACGAACGAGUCAAUUGAUACGCUUGCUAGGACUGGAAUGAACACCUUUCGGAUUCCAUUCAAGAUGGAGCGGCUCAUCCCGAAGAAUCUGAGUGGCCCCAUCAACAAGACAUAUUUUGAUGGCCUCCAGAAGACUGUCAAUCAUAUCACUGGCAAAGGCCUGUAUGCAGUCGUCGACCCUCAUAACUACGGCCGCUACUACGGCAAGGUGAUCACGAAUGUGACGGGUUUCGGCGCGUGGUGGACAACAGUCGCUGCCCGCUUCAAGAACAACAGGCUCGUCAUCUUCGACACCAACAACGAGUUUCACGGGAUGCGAAACGAGCUCGUUCGAGACCUGAACCAAGCAGCCAUCAACGCCAUUCGAGCCGCUGGCGCAAGGACCCAGUAUAUCUGGGUCGAGGGCAACUCCUGGAGCGGAGCCCACUCGUGGGUUUCGAGCGGCAACGGGGCGAGCCUUGUGAACCUAUCUGACCCGUCGAACCGCACUAUCUAUGAGAUGCAUCAGUAUCUCGACUCGGAUAGCUCCGGAACAAGUAGCAUCUGCCAGUCCCCCACCGUGGGUAGAGACCGUCUAAGGGCUGCUACCGAGUGGCUUCGCAGGAACGGCAAGAAGGGAGUCAUCGGUGAGGUAGCUGCGGGCAACAAUAGAAACUGCAAGAUUGCGAUCAGAGGCAUGCUGCAGUACCUGAAGGACAACUCGGAUGUGUGGACUGGCUGGGUCUGGUGGUCAGCUGGCCCGUGGUGGGGGAACUACAUGUUCAGCAUGGAGCCCCCCAACGGAAUCGCUUAUAGGCAGCUACUUCCUGAGAUCAGGGCCUUCAUUGGCAUCUGA